AUGAUUUCCUAUCGCCACCCUUACCAAUGUAUUUCAAACGCACGGUGGACGCCAUUGGUUCGUUUUAAUUACGCCGGGGAUGAAGAUUUGGAAGAUAUUCGUACAAGAAAAAGAAAGUUUUUAUCCGAUGGACAGGUUACAGAAAGUAAAGUCACAAAUGCAGAAACACACGACACCCAGAUCUGCAACUUAAAAUACUCCGAGGUAACCACGCACACCAAACUUGAUCAGAAGAAGAAAAUUACUCUCUUUACGAUAGACGCCAUUUUGGGACAUUCGACGGAAAGCCCAAGUAAAAAGAGAAAACUUAUUCAAUUUUCGAAGCCAGAAAAAAAGAAAGAUAAUUCAUUCGAUUCUGGUAUUUCAUCAUCAGAAGAAAACGAGGAUUCAAUAUUUUCAAAUACAAACGCAAACGACAGCGGAAUUUGCACCAACAAUUACGAAAAACCACAACACCAGAGAGGUGAAACUAAGACUGUCGUUCCAGAUCAACCUAAAACAAUGAACAAUCAAGAAAUGCUUCCCUCGGAAAGCUACAGUCAUAUAUAUAAGCGUGUCAAUACCUAUUUCUAUUUUGUAUCGAACCAUCUUGAACAACAAAUUUGGAUGCCUCACCAGCAAGCAAUUCCAAAGGCCCCGAUUGAGCCAAUAGCCUUUGUUGGCCAAGGUUGUUCCUUGCCAAAUAAUCACAAUUUGUUAACUCCUCGACUUCAAAAGUCAGGUCAGACAAAAAGAACAAGAGCAGUUUUUACUCCAACGCAAACAGAACAUUUGGAAAAUAUGUUCAACAAUCAACAAUACAUCGUUGGAAUUGAAAGACGAGAACUUGCUGAAAAGCUUAGACUCACAGAUGCACAAGUAAAAGUUUGGUUUCAAAACAGAAGAAUCAAAUACAGGAAUGAGAAAAAGCGAAGACCCGACAUAGACACAAACAAACUCAGCAUUCUUAAACGUCAAGCAAUCGGUGAUUUUUGAGAUGCUGGGUAAUAUAUUAUACCUUCAUGUUCCAUUUUUGAAUUUGUUUGUACAAAUCUUAUAAUUUAAUUCAUUUUUUAUUUAAUAUUUCGGGUUAUUUACGCGUUGUUUCUGUUUUGUGCGUUCUACUAGAUUUCCAUACUUUUUACUAUGGCUCAGGUCAGAACCUAUGGCGGUAGGCGUUACCCUGUUGGGAAAGGCUGGAAGAAACGAUAGGGCAUGUUGUGCCAAUGAAUGUAAU